UCUGAUCUUUCUGCUCUGUGUUUAGCUCCUCCCACUUUCACUUCACUGUGCCUGAACUCCGAGCUGAGCUGAGCUUGAUGUUUAAAUAUAUCUUUCUGACAGAAACAAGCUCAAAAUAGUGUCAGUGCCACAAACACACACACACACACACACACACACACACACACACACACACACACACACACUACCAGUCACAAGCUAGUUGAGAACGAGUGAAGGGUUUAGGUAAAAGGCCAUGAAGAGUGUCUCUAGACAAUAAUUCGUCAAAGAUAUUUCAUUUUUGUAGUUAGAUACACAAUUAAAUAUUCUACUGAACCAAAGCUCUGACCAGUCACCUUCUGCAGUUCUGCAUAAUGGAUAGAGGACCAGCAAAUGAAAAGGAAGAGUCUGGGUAUGAGACUCCACCCACUUGCAUCCUACUGGAACUCCUGCUGAAAAGCCGACACCCUUCGGGCCCGUUUAACGAAGUCUGGCCCAACAUCAUCAUCUCUGAUGCACGUACAGCAACGGAUCUAGCGCUGCUGAAGACUCUGAGAGUGACUCAUGUACUGAAUGCUGCUCAUGGCCCCGCCCACAUAGACACAGGCUCCGCCUUUUACUCCGACACCCACAUCCAGUAUCAUGGUGUAGAGGCUCCAGACAGCAGAGACUUUGACCUGUCAGUUUUCUUCCACACUACAGCUGACUUCAUACACAUGGCUGUCACCCGGGACUCAGGUAAAGUGUUAGUGCACUGUGCUCGGGGAGUUAGCCGCUCGGCUACGCUUGUGUUAGCGUACCUCAUGAUCUACGAGCGACUCACGGUUGCCGAGGCAAUUGAGGCUGUGCGAGGUCACCGGAACAUUCUGCCCAAUGUUGGAUUUCUGGAACAACUACGAGACCUUGAUGCCAGACUUGCUGUGCAGAAAAAAAACAUAAAGACAGCCAUAAGACAGACAUGAGGAGUUCAUAAGACAGAUAUAACAAGCUCAUAACACAGACAUGACGAGCUCAUAACACAGACAUGGAUUUUCUUCCAUUUUGGAUUUUUAAAAAAAGACACUUCUUUUCUUACAAAUAUUGUCCAAUCAUAACCAAAUUUGGCAUGAAGCAUCGUGAGACCAGUCCGAAAAAUGAUUGUUUCUCAGAUUUUUGAUGUACGUGAUGGUUUGUCCAUAACAUUAAGGCUGCACGAUAAUGGCCAAAAUGAUAAUCCCGAUUAUUUUGAUCAAUAUUGAGAUCUCGAUUAUUUAUCACGAUUAUUAAUUGAUUUUAGUGACAACAUAUUUUUAUUGCACUUUCACAUUUACAUUACACUUACACAAGUUUUCUCAUGCCACAAUAUAACACAAAAGUAGAAAACGAGCUGGUCAAUUAUGACAGAAUUUAGGAACAUAGUGUGAGCCAUGACACAUUAAUUUACCUUCUGAUAAACUAAAUGUAAUAUUUUCUGUUAAUUUUAGACUGUAUGCAAAAAACAACCGUUAACCUGUUCCACCUUGUCGUGGAAAUUAGACAACACUCGCAGACUCGUCCUCUGAAUAUAAAAAGGUUUAUUACAGAAAGAUGGUUGAUACAGGAUAGAAUAAAGCAGGACAGAAGAAUGAGAGCGCUCUGAAGUGCUUGUGCUGAACCACUACUAUAUAUAUGAAACACAGAGCAUGACACACUUCUGUGUACCAAUAAGAAGCAGCUUGAGGCAGUUCAAACAGGAUUUUUUUUUAGGGUCUUAGAAGAUGUUUAGUAAAAAUGAAUAAUUUCCCUCACAACCUUGUAAAAAAAUACAAUAAACCUCCAUGUUCAGUGUU